UUGUGGAUUACAGGCAAAAUCCUCCAUCCAUAACCAAAGGCAAAUUGAAAAUGGUCCUGCAUGGACUGCAGUGGGGACUAAAUUACUUGUAGGCCUAGGACGCGUGCCGCGAUAAAUUUUAUCGAUUUGCGCGAUAAGCCCAUACAUUUAUCGUGAACCAGGAGGAGAGCGAGCGCGGGCUGCCGGCGUGCGGCGCGCGACAGGCAUGUGGGACGCUGCUGCAGCGCUACUGGCGACCACGCGCUCUGCUGCGCCUGUGUCGCUGCCGCAACCGCGCGCGCUGCCUGGCGCCCGCGCCGCCCGAGCGAACGAUGUCGCUCAACAACCACGCGGAGUUACAGUUUUGCUCGUCGACCACCGAUUGGCCUCAGUGUGGAUUCGGGGAAACAUCUCUUGUCGUUGAAUCCGAUUACGAUCGCAUGAAUCCAGACGAGUUAGAAGAGAUGCACCAUAGAAAUAUACAGCUCACUCCACCCAAUAUCACAGUCAACUGCCAAUGCCUACAGCCCUAUUACUGGAAGUUGAAAGCGAAAUCGGAGGGGACUCGAAGUUACCAGUGCGGUUUUCUACCAGUUUGCCGAACUGGGGAGUUUUGCGGCAAUGUAACCAGCGACUUGUACGCGUUAUACCAGUCGUGUCUGUGUCCACGUCAUCACAUCUGUGUGCACAACGGUGGCGUCGUUUAUCAUGAUAUAUCUGAGAUCCUGUACGAAGGACAAGGAUGGAAAGCUUACUGUCAAAAAGUAAAUGAUACUGACAGUUAUGAAGAUUAUUAGAAAUAGCUACAU